GUCCCGUUUUGUGUUUGAAAAAAUUGAGCGAUGCUGACAUUCAAGAACAAACAUAUGGGCAAAAGAUGAGUUGUUCACAACUCCAAACUCCCUCGCCCCCACACAAACCCUCCUUCUCCGUACAAUAAUACGUCGCUUCUCUUGAUUUUUACCGCUGAUUUUCUCAACUUAUUUGCUGCUAGAAUGCCGCUUUUAGUGUUUGCUAAAUCCUAUUUUUUUUUCAUGGGUUGUGUGAAAAUUUUGUAUAUGUUUCUGCAGAUUAGCUACUGACUGCAGCAGUCCAAGACGACAUUUUUUCUUUCCGUUUUUCCUUCUGAUGAAGAAGUUUUCUCAAGCCUGCAAACUGUAAAAAGAAAAUAAACGCAACGUCACUAUGUCAAGGCAUGCUCAACUCCCUCCUCGCUGCCCUCUCCAGAAGAAAACCGUAGCUCCCCAGGUUAAUGCAUCCGUUUCCCCAUUCUCAGGCAUAGAUACUGAGUUGCAUUCCAGGCAAAUUGGACAGUACAAAAUACCCUCCGAGAGCUUCAUAUUAGACGAGCAACCACCUUGGCUGAACGAUCUAUUGAAUGAUUUAGAUUUGGACACUGAUAGUUCAUUACCAGAUCUGGAUCAACUUAGCGAGAAAGAAACCACUGAGCUUGAUGAUGAAUUGGGGUCUUAUUGCAUGUAUGGCCCUAAUUCACCUCGAAUGAGAAACAUGUUAGGCUUCCCUGAAAAUGAAAUUGCAUCAGCUUUUUCCGAGUAUGCUGUCCAAAAUUCUCCACAGCAUUUGGAUGGAUAUAGUUCUAUCUCUGGAGUACAGUCGGACUCAUAUAGGGAUGCACGUGCUUCAGUUGAUGAGAUCAUUUCCGACAAGAAGCGCCACCCUGGGCAGAGGUCUAGAGCUCGAAAACUUCAAUAUAUUUUUGAACUGGAAAGGACUGUUAAUGUUCUUCAGAAUCUUGGUGCCGAAUUGGCUGUCAGAGUUGCUUCCCUAAUACAGCAGCAUGCUGCUUUGUCCUUGGAGAAUAACACCUUGAACCAGCGACUUUUAAGAAUGAAGCAGGAGCAAUUCAUUGUAGAUAAUGAGUACGAAACCCUAAAGAUAGAAGUAGAGAGGUUGAGAAGUGGUUUAGCCGUUUCAACCGCUGUCAACAAGUUCCUCAGCACGUCACGGUCACGAUCCAUUGAUGGCGCCAUAUGGGACAUGUUGGAGAUGCAUAAACUUAAUCUGAACUGAAAUAGACGCCGGUGGCCUCCUUCGUGGGCGAAGCUCAUCACUUUGGUUUUCGACUUUGCAGCAGCAGCCGAUGGCUUAGUUAGGGCUAGUUUUUAUGGUUAGCAAAGAAUACCAAAGUUUUAGACUAAUGGUGUUGAUAGUUUGUACCCUUUGAACCGUUUCAUUUCCCACUUUUUAUCAUCAUAAUAUAAUAAUAUGCAUAAGUUGGGCAGGAAAAAAUGGAAACCAACCAGCCCCCAAA